AUGGGUUCCGAUUUACAAUUAGAGCUCGCCUUUAGUGUCUCCCAAUUAGCUCAAGCGGAAAAUUUGAAGGUCUUGAUUGCCAACACUCAAUUUCAAAAACUUGGAAUCUCUGAAAAUGUCGACGAAUCCCACUCCACUAUUUCUUUGAAAGAUUCAAAAUCAGAGAUCGAUUUGAUCGAAGCUAAUGCUGCAGUGUUAUACUUGGCCUCAAAAUUCACUCAAAAGAAUGCUUUUGCCACUAUCACCCCUGAACAAACUGCGAUCUUGACCAAAUUGAGAGGUUAUUUGCUUGAAUAUUCUCAAGAUGAAUCCAAAUUUGAUAGGGCCACUUUCGCCAUCGAAGGUUUACCAGCAUUCAAGGACAAUGAACCUAUUUAUAACGAUCCUUUCCAAAUAUUAAUCUUUGGCUCUUUGUACCCUUUCCACGUCGCCAAGUUCAGAUUUGUUAACCAAUACAAAUGGUUCAGUAAGUUUUUCAAGAACCCUCAAAUCAACGGUUUGGUCAAGCAAGUUAAGGCCCAUACUUUCGCGGUGACUACUGCCAUUAACAAGAAGAAUAACCAAGGGAAGACCGCUUCUAAACCAAAGAAGGAUUCUGGAAACACUAGAGUGAUUAACGCCACUAAAACUGGUGAACAAAAACUCACUGCUAAUGCUAAGGAACAUUUGAAAGUUGCCCCUGAAGAUGUCAUUUUGCCAAAGAGUGACAAGCAGAAUAUUUUGAUUACUUCUGCUUUGCCAUAUGUUAACAACGUCCCACAUUUGGGUAACAUUAUUGGUUCCGUGUUGUCUGCUGAUGUGUUUGCAAGAUACGUCAAGGCCAAGAAGCAAUACAAUGUUUUGUUUGUUGGGGGUACUGAUGAAUAUGGUACUGCUACUGAAACUAAGGCUCUUGAAGAUAAAACUACCCCACAAGCCUUGUGUGACAAAUACCACAAGGUCCACAAUGAAAUUUACAAGUGGUUCGACAUUGAUUUCGACUUCUUUGGUAGAACCACCACUGAACUUCAAACCGAAAUCUCUCAAGACAUUUUCAUGAAGUUGUGGAAAAACGGCUACUUGUCCGAACAAACCAUCCAACAAUUGUAUUGUGAACAUCAUAAAGGGUUCUUGGCUGACAGAUAUGUCAACGGUACCUGUCCAAAAUGUGAAUAUCCAAAGGCCAGAGGUGACCAAUGUGAUGGCUGUGGUAGCUUGUUAAAUCCAUUGGAGUUAAUUGAUCCAAAAUGUAAGUUGGAUGGUCAUGUUCCAGUUGCUAAGUACUCUGACCACAUUUAUUUGAAUUUGGACCAAUUAGAACCAGAAACCAAGGCCUGGAUCGAAAAACAAAGUGUCGAAGGGGACUGGACUAAAAACACCAACAACAUCACCAACAACUGGUUGAAAGAAGGUCUUAGACCAUUCUCCAUCACCAGAGAUUUGAAAUGGGGUACCCCUGUCCCAUUGGAAAAGUACGGUGACAAGGUUUUGUACGUGUGGUUCGAUGCCACUAUUGGUUACGUUUCUAUCACUGCCAACUAUUUCAAGAACAAGGGUGUUACUGAUGACUGGAAGAAAUGGUGGAAGACCAAGGAAAAUGACGUUCGUUUAUACCAAUUCAUGGGUAAGGAUAAUGUCAGUUUCCAUUCUAUUAUUUUCCCAGCUUCUUUGAUCGGUACUGGCGAUGACUGGACCAAGAACUACCAUAUUGACACUACCGAAUACUUGCAAUAUGAAGGUGGUAAAUUCUCCAAGUCUGAAAAGAUUGGGGUCUUUGGUGAUCAAGCCAAGGAAACUGGUAUUUCUGCUUCUGUCUGGAGAUAUUACUUGAUCAAUGUUCGUCCAGAAACUUCUGAUUCUCAAUUCUCUUGGGACGAUUUUGUCAGAUGCAAUAACACCGAAUUGUUGAACAAUUUGGGUAACUUUAGUAACAGAUUGAUUAAAUUUGUCAACAAGAACUAUAAAGGGGUGGUGCCAACCAUUAACAGAUCGAAGUUCUCAUUGAUCAAGGACUACGAUAGCUUGAUUGACAACUUAAACACUUUACUCAAGAAAUAUAACGAUGCCAGUAUAAAAUGUGAAGAAAGAAGAGCAUUAGAAUACGCCAUGGCUAUUUCUGCUAGAGGUAACCAAUUCUUGCAAGAAAAUAAAUUGGAUAACUCUUUGUUCAAUGGCGAACCUGACAAGAGUGACUUGGUGGUGUACAUCGGGCUUAACAUUCUCGUUACUGUUUCUCAAGUCAUUUCUCCAUUCAUGCCAGCAACUUCAGAAAAUAUCAAUAAGCAAUUGAACAUCAAGGAAUUGUACAUUCCAGACGAAUUUGUGUUCAGCAUCGAUGAAGGCCAUAAUAUUGGUGAAGCCGAUUAUUUAUUCUCUAAAAUCGAUGAUAAAAUGGUUGAAUCUUGGAGAAAGAAGUAUGGUGGCAAACAAGAGUAA